AGUUAUAGAUGUUGGAUCAUUAUUUGGAUAAUUUAUCUACACUUCCUCGUGAUUUAGCCAAGAAUUUGCAAGGAAUUCGGAAAUAUGAUAUGGAAUGCCAUAAGAAGUCAGCCGAGAUCGACCGAAAAUUAAGGGUCUUUGUGAAAUCAUAUCAAAAAAUGCCGAAGAAUGCAUCAGCUGCGUUUAAUAAAGAAAUCAUGACACUGUUCGCGGAAAUCGAGCGUUUAUCGAAUGAAAAGAUCCGUUUGGCAUCAGAUACUUACGAACUUGUCGAUAAACAUAUCAGACGUUUGGAUAAUGAUUCGGUGAAACUUCAAGCUACGAUACGGCAAAAAUAUUUGGAUGUUGCAGCUGCAGCUGUGGCAAAAACUAAUAAAAACGGCGAUGAAAUGCUUGAUCGGAAACGAAAAAGUAUUGCGGGUCGUAAGGAUAAGAAAAAAUCGAAAGAGGACAGCUGGUCUCAGAAAAGCACAGCUUCUGUCUCUACACCAUUCCAGCCGUUUUUGGAUGCACCAUCGGUUAUGGAAAUGCCUGUUGACCCGAACGAACCCACCUAUUGUAUCUGUCAUCAGGUUUCACAUGGUCAAAUGAUAAUGUGUGACAACAAACAGUGUCCUAUAGAAUGGUUCCAUUUCCAGUGCGUUGGCCUUGCGGAAGCACCAAAGGGAAAAUGGUAUUGUGAACGUUGCAGCGAGCAACGAAAAAAAAAGAAUUCUACUGGAAGUAAUAAAUAAUUAUCACCCAGUCACAAUGAUUGUCACUCAGUCACACCUCUUAAUUCAUCGCUCCCUAUUUCAUACGAAAUGAAAGAUCUUUUCUUUUUACCACAACCUUUUGAAACAUCCUUAAAAGGAAAAUCCUUUUGAAACGUUAAGUCAUAGUAUUUACUGAGAUGCUCUCAUGUAUUUAAGUUACCUGAAAUGUUACACGAUCACCUCGAGUUAUCUUUAUUAACUGUUAUAACUUGUCUUUCAUAACCAAUUUUUCAGCUUGCUAUGUUUUGAUUGACACAGUUUUGCAAUACAGCGCAGUCAUGUCAACAAUUUGUACAUUUUGCUUUUUGAUAACGAAUCAUUAACGUUUCAGUCGCAUUUGCAUAUUUUUGUAUGUGCUUCUCUACAUUUUUGUUUUUUCAUCUAUUGGUUUGUAAAUGCGCUUCGAUCUCAGAAUGAAAACUGUACCUCAGAACUUGCAGCAAAGCGUGUAAAAACAUGAAGAUAUUUCUACGACGGAAUAUAUUCCAGCAAGUCAAGCCGUACUGUUGAAAUCAGACAUUAGAUGAAAUCGCAUAAUCCAAACAUUAGUAGCCAACAGUGAAUCCAGAAAAAGUGUAGACUCCUGCG